AUGCCAGUCUACCUGAUUUCCAAAAUCGCAGACCCCAUCUUCGCCCUCACCAUCGGCACCUCGGCGGCAUUAUUGCGCAUUCAGCGCGACCAGCGCGAAAAGUUCCCGGAUCAGGCUAAGGAGAUUGGUAUUGGACAUGUGGUUUCGGUGGGCGCGGGGAGAGUGAGGAGGUGGUGGGCGGGGGAUUUUGAGGGGUUGUGA